GGCGGCCUUGGUUGCCUGUAAAUUUUUACUAAACGACCGUAAUUUUGUGUGAUUUAUCAUGUAAUGAGGAGUUCAAUAUUAUUUUAAGUGAAAGUGAUCAAAACAUGGUAUUAAUACUUUACAACCGACACACCAAAUAUAAAUAAACACUCUGAAUUAACGGGAAAAUCAGGUUAUAGUCAUAACAUGGAUUCUGAUGAUGCCUCCCUCUCCGAAGAAUUUCAAGAACUUCAGCUCGAAAGGACCAUAACUAAAAGUUUGAAGACUGCUGAGGAGAUUGAACGGUUGACUGUUGAUGUCUUACUGAGUGAUAUUGAAAGGGCAGUUUAUCUGUUGAGUUCUGGUCAAGAGGUACAGAGAGUCAGUGUUAUAACUAACCUACCAGAUCUCCUACGUGACAACAAUGCCGACUGUAUGCGACGAGUCGUACCUAAAGUCAAGGAGGUGCUACAUGUGGCUCAGACUGAGAUGCAGUUGGCGGCAUGUGCAGCAUUUCUCCAAAUCCUACGUAAAGAACUAGUCCCAGUCUCAAACUACACGCAAACAUUCCUCCAGACUAUAUUGAACAGUUUAGAUAGCAGAGACCCAGAAAUAGCAUCUGCAUGGCUCGAUACACUGUUAGAUGUUAUAGAUCUACUCCCCAAAGAUGUCAUCAAAAAAGAUAUCCUAGGUAUAGCAAUAGCCAAAGGUCAGUUGGCCCAAUCUGUGCAGUCGAGGCUAGCUUGCUGUAAAAUACUUGGCAAAGUAGCCACAAAGUUUGAACCUUUCGUAAUAAAAAAGGAGAUUCUGCCAGUAGUUCAGUCUCUGUGUCAAGAUGUGGACUAUGAGGUUCGUGGUUGCAUGUGCCGUCAACUUGAUCCAGUUGCGCGAGGUCUCGGCCUAGAAGCGACCAAGAGUGCAAUAUUACCCGAGCUAGUUGAAUUGACCAAUGAUGAAGAAGGCCAUGUACGUUUAGCAGGCCUAGAGACUGUCGUUAAUAUACUCAGUCUUUUAGAUGAUGAUACAUGUUCUAUGACCAUAGUGCCUUUAGUGUGCAAGUUCUGCCAGCAAGCAGUCCAGGCUGAAGAUAAUACACUCCCGGUUAUAGCUAAACAACUGGGGAAACUAUGUCAUGGUCUCUCAGUUAACUUGACAGAUGAUCAGAAGAAAUGGUUCGUAGAGUAUUACAAAAAGUUAUGCAGGAUGGGACUGGAGAAACAUCGGCAGCCUAAAGAAAGUGAACAGCCAUCCAAGGGAAGCAUGGAUAUGGACACUUUGUUUGAAGAGUUAGAUCUGUUUACUGAAGUCAGGAAACAUGCAGCUUAUAACUUCCCUGCAAUGAUACUUUUUGCUGGUGCUAGACAUUUCAAGACUGACUUCACAUCAAUAUUCAGUCAACUGUGCAACGAUCCACAUUAUCUUGUUCGAAAAACAAUGGCUUAUGGCUUCCAUGAGGUAACCAAGGUAUUAGGAGGCAGUGUGCAUUCCAUACAAGCAGAUUUCACAGUUCUACUCAAGGAUACUCAUACAGAGGUAUUACGAGGAAUCGUGUCUCAUUUAGACGAAAUACUCAACGCUUUCGUAAAAAAUGGUGGAAGUACAAUCACAGAAUCCAAGAUGGCAGCCAUGUCGGAAGUGAUCCCAGCAUUAUUACAUUGCGAAGGUGUCAUUUUCUCGACCAAUAAUUGGCGGUUACAAGAGGAGAUGAUGUCACAAUGGGCGUGUCUUCCACAUUGUUUGACCAGCGAUCAUAUUUAUAAUAAAUUCAUCCCGGUCGUCUUCAAUAAAUUACACAGAGCUCGGGCAAUUCCAGUGCGACAUGCCUCAGCUCACACUCUCCUAGUCUUACUCAGGCAUCUACGCAGGCAGGAACAGAGAACAGAAAUCCUACAGAAACUUAUACAAGAUUUUUGUCACGGAAACAGCUCAAGGCAAAGGAGUUUAUUCAUCAGAAUUUGCCACUCUUCAAUAGAUCUCUUUUCUAAGUCAUUCUUUAAAGAACACUUAUUCGAAUAUCUCUUAGAACUGUCUCACGACCCCAUACCUAAUGUCAGACUUAAGUUGUGCUCCAUUCUUCCACGAUUAAAGACUUUAGUUAAGAUUCCAACUGAUAGAGGUCUCUUACAGCAGUUGGAAAUUUGUGUGAGAAAGUUAUUAGUUAAUGAGAAAGACAUAGAUGUACAUACUUCGCUACGGAAGGCUGUGGAAAAGCUGGAUAGGGUACAAGUUCAAAUGGAAUCUCUUACUAAGAAGAUGUAUUUUGAAGAAGACGUGAUAGACAAUAAAAAGGAAGAAUUUGAAAAGAAACUCAUAGAACAGGAGGAGAAAGAGAAAAAAGAAGAAGAGGCGAAAUUGGGGAAAGACAAGAAAAAAGGUGACAAGAGAGAAACCAAAGCUCCUGUGAAAAAAGGCAGCAAAAUUCCAGCAGCUACUAGUCUUAAAGACAAGUCUAGUGCAGCCAGUCUCAAAAAUGCAGAAAAGGAAAAGAAAAUUGCAGGUCAAACUAAUGUAACCAAAGCUACACCAGUCGCAUCCAAAAACCUCAAGAAUGUCUCAACCAAAAGCAGCAAUAAUUUAGCAUCGCCCAAACUAGGUAGUCGCAACUCCCCAAGCAACCUGAGUAGUGGCUCUAGUAGCAGAAACAGUAGUGCUGGCUCAACAGGAAGUUGGAAAGGAUCAGCUGGAAGUGCCCCUCCCCAGGCAAUAGCCCCACCCACUAGUCGCAAAAAUUCCAUCCCUAAAGAAACAACAGCCUCAGGCUUACCAACUCGGAAGAAAUCAGGAUCUGGGGUAUCAACCACAGGCGUCAAGAAAAAGCCAUUAUCAGACAAAUCAAAAUAAGGCUCAAUUGGCAAACAGCUUUAAACUUUGGUGCCACAAGUCAGUAGGUUUGACCAAUAAGGACAUUCCAAAGUUGUGUCGUCAUAACAACUUGAAAUAAUGCCUCAGUUGAACUAUUUUUCACUGAUGUGUUAUAACAAGACAGUGCUAACAAUGUUUUCAAUUUUUGACAAUCUUUGCUACAUGGACUGUCAGAGAUGUUACUAAAAUUAUGGUAUGUUAAUGCUUUUGAAAAUUCUUUAUGUGAAAUUCCUGAGCAAUAUCUGAAAUAUUAAGAUCCCUGAAAGCCAGUUUUAUUAAAUGUUAGACUAGUUGUGGACAAUCUUGGGCCUAAAGUUCCUUUACAUGAGACAAUCAAAAAUUGAUUUGAAGAGAACCUAGAUUUUUUCAAUUUUUGAAUAGCUUAUGUUCAGGGGUUUAUUCAAAAUUUUAAUUAGCCUAAUCCUGGCUUAAAUGGAUUUCAGCAUUUCACUCCAUUGUAUAUGUGACCUAUGAACAUUUUCACGUGAUUUCAUGAGGCACAGCUAGGCUCCUUCCUCACAUACUACUUUCAUAAUAGCUCUUUAGACGGCAGAAUCGCCGAUACAUCACUUGUAUUCAAUAAAUAAAUAUGGAUUAUCCCAUAUGAGGUUCAGG